AUGAGGUACAUAGUAAUAAUUGAUGACAUAUGGCAUCGUGGAGAAUGGGAUGUCAUCAGCAAGUCUUUUCCAGAAAAUAAUCUGGGCAGCAGAAUUGUCAUGACAACUCGUAUUCAUUCUGUACCAAGAGAUGACUUCAUUACUAACAAGCUCUACAUCAGAAUGAAUCCUGAACGGAAUCGCAGAAACAGAAAAUGGCUCUACGCAUUUGGUGAGAAAGAUCUUGCUGCUUGGAUGAAGCUUCACAUGGUUGGCGAAGGUUUUGACUGUGACCAUCCUAUUGUGCACAUGUGUGGUGGUGUGCCGUUAGCACUGCUUUGCAUGUUUUCAGCAAUGAGAAUAGUCCGAGAGGAACAAGAACAGCUAGGUGUGCAUGUAAAUGCAUGUGAUGUGCAAGAUAUGAUUGAGAAGCAAGUUAAGCGAAGUGGAAUUCAGAACACUCCAGGGUUUGAACCGUUGGUAGAGAGUUUGCAGCUUGGCUACGCCGAUCUUCCUCACCAUAUGUUGAAGACUUGCUUGCUAUACUGUAGUAUAUACCCUGAGAAUUACCAAUUUUACAGGGAUCAACUGGUGAUGCGAUGGGUCGCUGAAGGAUUUACUUAUAAAGUGGAUGAAGCAGAAGGAUAUUUUGAAGAGCUUUGCGACAGAGGUUUAUUGAUGCAGCAGAAUCAUGCCAGUAUCUACCAAUUGAAUUCGAUGAUGCGAAAUUUCCUUAGAUGGAAAUCACAUGAAGAUAAUUUCGUUACUUACAGUUCCGACAUCACAUCGUCAUAUCCCUGUCGAAUCCAUCGGCUAUGUAUUGACAAGCAUUCAGGUGAUGAUGGUGCACUGGAGGGGGUGGAACCCUUCUCUGGAUUGGACUGGUCUCAGAUUCGAUCUCUUGUUGUUUUUCAAGCUCCUCCGGGACUCCCCUUUGAGAAGUUGGAACGCGUGCGAGUGUUGGAUCUUCAGUUUGAAAAGGCUCUUGGGAAUCAUCAUGUGAAGGAUAUUUGUGGACUGCUCCGUGUGAAGCACCUAUUUGGUCUAAAGGGAUUGGGAAUUAGUGAGCUACCACUAGAAAUAGUGAGGCUACACUAUCUCGAGACUCUAAACGUAAGAGGUAUGUGGAUCAGAGAGCUACCCCGUGAGAUUGGGAGACUCAAGAAGUUGAAGAAUCUAUAUGUGAGUUUUCACCCAAGGAUCACGGAGUUGCCCAUAGAGAUCGGAGACCUGCAGAAUUUAGAGAUAUUGUGCAUGAGUGGAACAGAUAUCACAGAGCUGCCUAGGGAGAUCAUCGGGAGACUGAAGAAGUUGAAGACUCUAGACGUGAUGUGCCCAGGGCUCAGGGAGCUGCCCAGGGAGAUCGGGGACCUGCAGCAUUUAGAGACUCUGGACCUUGGUGGUAGCGAAGGGAUGACCACUCUACCACGGGAGAUUGGGAAAUUGCAGCAUUUGAAAACCCUGAAGGCAUGUUGGACAUGGAUCACAAAGCUGCCAAGUGAGAUCGGUAACCUCCAGAAUUUGGAGACUCUUGACCUGAUUUACAGCCCCAGGCUCACAGAGCUGCCUCGUGAGAUUGGGAAUCUGCAGAAUCUGGAACGACUGCUCUUGAGUGCUACAGGGGUGGUAAAGCUACCAAGAGAAAUCGGGGGGCUAAAGAAGCUGAAAAUUUUGGAUUUGAAUGAGACCAUCGGUGUACUACCGUGGGAAGCAGGUCAGCUUUCAAAAUUGGAGGGAGUGCCCGAGUGCGUCCGCCAAGCUUGGAAGAAUAGUGAUCUUGUGUCUUGUGUGCUAGCCACGGAGAUCCUGUUCAUUAAAAUGCUUCGUUUUGAAGGUGAUACGGGGGGCCUAAUUGUUGGCACAAAACACAUGCACAUUCCCCAGUGGAUCAAGGAUCACUUCAACGACCUUCGCUCCUUGGAUAUCAGGAUAUGCAAACUAGAGGAGGAGCAGGAUCUCAAGAUUCUGCGGGAGAUGCCUCACCUGGGUGACCUUACGCUAAGGCUGGAGGUCGUCCCGAGAGAUCCCAUAACCAUCAGCGGUGAAGGUUUCCCAAGGCUCUACGGACUCGUUGUUGACAGCCGCGUGCCACCGGUUGUCACCUUCCAGGAAGGAGCGAUGCCUAUGCUGGAUAUGCUUGUGUUCGAGUUCCAGUUCUACGGUGGCCCACCACCAGCUGCAAAUAAAGUAGACCCUCAGCUGGGUAUCAAGCACCUCGGGUGCCUCCGGUGGGUCGAAUUUAGAUGCAACGAGGAAUGGUAUGGAGGAGCAGCAGAGAGCAGGAGCCCGUGCAUGAGCGACAUGAUUGACAUGGCCAGGAAAGAAGCCCAGGAGCAUCCCAACAAGAUCUACUUUCUUGUCACUGGCCGCGAGAAAGAGGAAUUUGCAGCAAUCAAGGAGAGCGCACAGGCUUCCAGCAGCGGGACAAGCAAGAUCGACGACACUCCAAAUAGUGGGAGUGGCGAGAUCCAGGAGGAGGAAGAGACUUUUCCAAGGAACGAGAGCGGAAAGGUUUCCGGCAGUGGGACGACUGGCGAGAUCCAGGAAGAAGCGUGA